ACAACAUGCUGGCCAGUGAAGUGCUUGAGGUGAAUUUUCUAUUUCCCAAGAAUGACACUAUACUUCAAAUUGACGAUAUAGGAUUAGAGAUUACAUUCCCAGUAAUUGAUGGUUAUACAAACUAUGUGUGUUCGAAAUGGACGAAUGACAGUUGGAAGGAAAAUUAUUGCAAAACAGAAGAAAUUAGAGAGUCUCAACACUAUAUCAAGUGUACAUGUUUGACCCCAGGAUUGUAUAGUGUGUCAGCGAUUCCCUCAAACAUCAGUGAGUCUGUAAUGGCCAAAACACUACAAACGUCAGCUGUUAAUGAUUCAGAAAGUGCUACAGUAAUAAUUGGCGUAGUAGAUGUAAAAAACAUAAACUUCAAGGAACAGAAGCGACGGUUUUUGAACCAACUGCGUUAUCAGCUAGCAGAAAACAUGGGGAUCCAAACAUCACAAAUUGAGAGGGUUGUGCUAGAUGAAGAUGAAUUGCUGUUGAAGUUUAUAGUUCUGCCGGGAUUCAACAAUUCAACACCUUCUCUGACUUCAGCUAUUCAUACUCUCUACCACAUGACCAACAACGAAGUUUUAAAUCUAACGGACCUGGCUGGAGAAAGAGUUAGAAUUAUUCCCUACACUUUGUCCUUAAAUAAUUCCCUCCCCUGGACCUCAAAUGAUAUUCUAGAAAACACUGUAGUGAAAGCCUCAAGACUGACUGUUAUACAAAUUCUGAUUAUCAUCUCGGCAGUGAUAGGCAUGAUGCUAGUGGCAUCAUUGGUUGUUCUCAAAUACAGAUGUAAGAAGAUGAUAAAAGUUGUCCCGAUAACCAGUCACAUCGAUGUACCACCUUAGUCAGCAAACCGAUGGGAGAAAUAACCUACUGGAUACAGAAUACAACGUAUAGUUAUAGUUUGUUUAGAUUAUCAUUGAUAGAACGGUUGUGAUGUUUAACUACUGUAUCUAGUGAUAUGUUUGAUUUCAAAUUAUUAUUACUAAAAUUAUGAUUCAACAUAUAGAUGUGGCUAAUUAACCAUUCUUGUUAAAGACUGUACCUUUUUCGAACCCAUGAUAUUAUCAUCAACUACUAAGGCUAGUAUAUUGUAUACAUAUACAACUAAUUAACUGUUCUUCUUAAAGACUCUUUCCUUUACGAACCCGUGUUAUUAUCACUUGCUAAGGUUGAAAUUUUAUACACAAGUGUGAUUAUAAGUUAUUUGUUUAGGGUUUUGAUUCGGCAUGCAUGUGAUUAAUAACGCAUGAUAUUUCUAUAAUUUGACGCACGUGUGAUUAUUAAAUCCUGUUAAGAUAGAAAUUUUACACUUUCUGAGAUUGUGAUUUGACUUUCACGUUUGAUGAGUGUAAUUUACUGAGUUAUAAUAAGAUGAGACGUUGAAAUGUUGUGUGGAACAUGAAAUCAGCAUU